AGAAAAUUAUUAAUUGCCGGCCUAAUAACAAUAUAAACAGAAAUAUUAAAAAGUAUAUUAGUGGUCCUUAUUUCAUAUAAUUUAAAAUAAUAACUUUUAGGGGGUAAAUAUACUAAGCACUACUGUUACAAAGCUCAAACAUAAAACACAACAAAAUCAUUGACUUUCCUUGUAUAUAUCAAACCUAUCGAUUAUUCCAAUCCAAAAUUUGGCAAUAAAUGGAAAUUUCAAAUAGUUUCACUAAUCAGCCAAUACCUCUUGUAUAUAAAUAUACAUAUUCUACUAGUUUAGAUCAUAACAAAACAAUACUAUAACAAAUAAUUAACAUAUAUUAUUUAGUAUUAUAGUAACAUGGAAUCUCUUUUCUCAUCUCAGUGUUUGAUAGUAUUAUUAUUAUUACUACUAUCACUAUCAUCUUAUUCUCACUCGUAUUCUUCCGAUGGUUUCAGUGUAGAGAUCAUCCACCGUGACUCGGCGGUAUCCCCUCUCUACAACCCAUCACAGACUCAUUCUCAGCGUUUAGCCAAUGCAUUCCGCCGCUCCAUCACACGAGCCUCCACACUCUACUCCUCUCAUCAAUUAUCAACUUCGUCAGUUGAAUCAACCUUGUACACAGACGGGGGCGAGUACCUAAUGUCAAUCUCUAUCGGAACGCCGCCGUUUGAUAUCUUAGCCAUUGCUGACACAGGCAGCGAUCUGACGUGGACUCAGUGCAGCCCUUGCAAAAAAUGUUACAAGCAAGUGGCUCCUCUCUUCAAACCCAACUCUUCAAAAACAUACAGAGAUGCUACCUGUGAUUCCUCUGUUUGUAAGUCCGCCACCGGAGCUAAAACCUCUUGCUCCUCCCUCGACGAUUCAUGCCAAUACUCCGUAUCUUACGGCGACCAAUCUUUCUCCAACGGUAACAUUGCUACUGACGUUCUCACCCUCUCUUCCACCUCUGGAAGACCCGUCACCUUCCCCAAUUUCAUCAUCGGUUGCAGCCACAAUAGUGAUGGAACUUUCGACGAACGCGGUUCGGGCAUUGUCGGACUCGGCGGUGGAGUUGAUUCCCUCACUUCCCAGCUAACAUCAUCCAUCGGAGGAAAGUUUUCCUACUGCUUGGUCCCCUUUAUCUCCGGCGGAAAUCAGACGAAAAACUCAAGCACACUCAGCUUUGGAUCAAACGCAGUUGUUUCCGGCGCGGGAGUAGUCUCCACACCUAUCGUAAAGGGUGAAACCGACACUUUCUAUUACCUUACUCUCGAAGGUAUAACCGUAGGAAGCCUCAACGGUAAGAAGAACAAGAAAUUUAUCAAUUUCAGAUCGUCAUCAUCAACACCUGCAGCAGUGUCCCAAGGCAACAUAAUUAUUGAUUCAGGAACUACACUGACGCUGGUGCCAGAGGAAUUCUACUCGGAUUUUGAGUCAGCGGUGGCGAGUGAGCUGAAAAAUGAGAAGCGCGUGGAAGACCCCAGUGGUACGUUGAGUCUGUGCUACCAAAUCUCGAGUGGCAAAGAUUUUGUUUCGCCGAGUAUCACUAUGAAUUUCAAAGGCGCUGACGUGGAGCUGAGUCAGCUUAACACGUUUGUUCAAGUGAGUGAUACAGUGGUGUGCUUGUCUUUUGUAUCGGCUCAAGGCAUAGCUAUUUACGGGAAUUUGGCUCAGAUGAAUUUCUUGGUGGGUUAUGAUCGUGUCAAAAAUACUGUUUCGUUUAAGCCAACCGAUUGUUCUACUUAUAAUUAACUAAUUACCUUCAUUCAUAUAGUUACGUACUAUUAUGUUAAUGAAUUAUCAUCAUGAAUAUUUUUUUUUCUUAAUUGAAAUCAACUUCUUUAUUAAUCGUCAUUUAUUAUCUUUUGGUAUUUUAAUUUUUAAUAAUUGAUGAUUUCGUGAUGAAUAUGUAGUGUUUGUUUUAGUUUAUAGGCAAUCUUAAACAUUUUGAAUCCAAUUUUUUUAUUUUAAAAAUUAAAUUUCUAAAAAAAAAAAUAAUUUAUAAAUAAU